AGCUCUUUGUAAGGAUAUUGGGUAUUGGAAGCUCUGGGAUUGUACAUUGCAAAAGGCGCGGUUUGCGUAAUGUGUGCUACACCGCGUGUUUUUUCCUUGUUGUUCUGUGGUUAAUUCAAGGUAAGACAAACAGUAAUUGUAUACAUUCACAUACUUUUUAUGUUUAGGACUUCAUUCCCUACUGAUUUUGCGUUCCAGAGAGCUUUUGAAACAUAGUGUAAAAUCAUAAUUUUCAAUCCGCAGUUGGGGUGUGAUCAUCAGGAGUAUUGAAGCUGUAAGAAAGAUAAAGAUUCCAUUAACUCAGAAUGUUUUUAAUGUAUAGGGUUAUCUAAACGUAGUGAUUCAGUCGAGAUUAUAGUGUUUGCGCUAAUUGUAGUCGUACAACGCUUUCAUGACGUUCAGUCAAUUGGGUUUGAUUAAAGAGUUGUGUUCAGUAUGCCAGCGUAUGAAGUGGGAUUCUCCUACCAAAAUACAACUGAAAUCAAUUCCUUUUGCUCUUGAAGGAAAAGAUAUUGUUGGGAUUGCUGAAACGGGAUCUGGUAAAACAGGAGCUUUCCUUCUACCCAUAAUUCAACAUUGGAUUAAAUCUGGUCAACCAGUUGGUUUUGCAUUAAUUUUGGCUCCUACUCGUGAAUUGGCUCAACAGUUAGCCAAUGAGGCUGAACGUUUAGGACAGUGUAAAACAGAUGAGUUAGAAUUUCAUUUAGAAGUAAUUCUUCUUGUCGGUGGUGAAGAUAUGGUAGAUCAAGCGUUAAAACUUGCAUGGAGAAAACAUCAUUUCAUUGUAGCAACUCCUGGACGUUUAGUUGAUCAUUUAAAACAAUCAGUUAAUUUUGCUACACAACAAUUAUCAAAUAUUCGUCAUUUAGUAUUAGAUGAAGCUGAUAGAAUGUUAAAUAUGGCUUUUGCUGAUGAUAUUGACAUAAUAUUAAAUUUAUAUGAAAAACCAAAAUCAAAAGGAAAGAAACGUAAACGUAAGACGAAACCACUGUUAGUUCAAUUAGCCGAUAAUAAUAAUAAUAAUAAUAAUAAUAAUAAUAAUAAUAAUAAUAAUAAUAAUAAUAAUGAUAUGACUAACAAUGACAUGAUGUCAAAUAACAAAAUGAUUAAAUCAAUUCCCAUAUCAACAAAAUAUCCUCAUCCACAAAUUUAUUUAUAUUCGGCAACAAUGACAAAAGAUGUUAUUAAACUACGUCGUGCUGCAUUAUCAUUAAAUGCUAUAUUUAUUAAUGUAAAUAAUGAAUAUUUAGAAAUGAAUCCAAUGAUAAAUGAUCAUAGUACAACAGAAUAUCAUCUUAUACAACAAUCUAAUUCAUUAUUAAAAUUAAAUAAAAAUUUAAAAACUGGUUUCCCUAUAGGAUUAUCUCAUUAUUGUCUUCCUAUACGAUUAGCUGAUCGUCCUACAAUAUUAAAUUGGAUUGUAGAAAAUGUAAUACAAACAAACUUGUUGGAAAAAUUCAAUAUUAUUAGUUCUACACCAAGUCAAAAACAUCAUAUCAUGAUAUUUUGUAAAAGAUGUCAUGAAACUAUAAUGGUUGCUGAGUUUCUUCGUGAAUCUGGUCAUUCCACUGUGGCAUUAACAGGACGUAUGAAACAAAUUGAACGUAAAGAAUCAUUAAAUAAAUUUAUUACAAGUGAAGUAGAAAUUUUAGUUGCAACUGAUGUUGCUAGUCGGGGACUGGAUAUUCCUCAUGUUGAACUUGUUAUCAAUUAUAAUGUACCUUUAUCGGAAAAAACUUAUCGACAUCGUGUUGGUAGAACUGCACGAGCUGGUCAAACUGGUGUAGCUUUAACUCUAGUAACACGUGAUGUAGCUCAAAGUUUUUUAGAAUUAGAAGCUUCUUUACUACCUUAUCUUCCAUUAUCAACUGCCAAUAAUAACAAUAAUAAUAAUAAUAAUAAUAAUAAUAAUAAUAAUUCACCGGGAAUACCUCGUUGGCCAAUUCCACUACCGGAUUUACAUGGUAGGAAUGGAUUGCUAACUCGUCGUCGUCUAGCAGAUCAAGCUUGGUCGAGAGCUUCAAAGACUAUUCGAUCCCAGCUUGAAAGUUAUCGUAAUGUAGACAAUAACCUAACCGAUUUCGAUCCAAUGAUGAAUGAGGAAUUAAUUGAAGCUUAUACUAAUUCUGAUGAAGAUGAACAUAGUAAUAUCUCUAAUUCUUCAUUAUCAAGUGAUGAGUCAAAAAUCAAUGAAAUAUCAACCAUAUCAAAUAAACACAAUCCUACUCCGCUAUUAGAUACAUCUGGUCAAGCUGGUAUUAAUGCUGCACGUAAAACAUGGAAAUCUUUAGUUAAAAUACAUCAACUUCAACAAAAAGCAAAAUUAGAAUCAGUAGAACAACAACGUUUAACUAAAUCUAUUGGUUGGGGUAUUAUUUCAACAAGAAACACAUUGAAUAAUAAUGAUCAAAACAAUGAACCCAAUGAUCAUGACAUAAUAGAUCGUUUCAAUAAUGAUGGUGAUAGUGAUGAACAAGAGAUAACUCGUUUUGAACAACCAAUUAAAACAAAAUAUGCUAAAAUUCAAUUAUUGAAAAAAGUGAAUAAAUUAAAAUCAAAUAAAAACAAAUGAUCAAUAAAGUAACAAUAUUCAUUUGAUUUCUUUAAAAUAGUUAGUCAAUCAGUCAG